CCCACCCGCCCUUUAGGUUGAGGUCCUGAACGCCUGCAGCGGGACUCAGGCGUCGCUUUUAUUCCUGUCUCCUGGUACUGAACACAACAAAGCGGCGGCGGGAGGGCAGAUACCUAUAUGUGCGUGUGCUGUGUAUUAUUGCUGUAGCGACGUCCUGUUAUGUGCUAUUUAUAGACAUUUAUAGACACUAGCAGGGCGAAGCCGGGGAAGUGAGCAAGCAAGGAGACUACGUUUCCCAGAGUGCACUGCCGCAAGAAGCGCCUCACCUCGCCUGCGCAGUAUUCGGGUUGCAGCUCCGGCGGCCUGCAGGGAGCGUUGUAUCCUGAAGGUUGACAUUGCUGUGAAUGUGGACAGGGCAGGCUAUGUGAGCGCCCCCUCCUCCUCCUCCUCCGCAGGCUAUGAUAGUAUUUGUCAGGUUCAACUCCAGCCAUGGUUUCCCAGUGGAGGUUGAUUCAGACACCAGCAUCUUCCAGCUCAAGGAGGUGGUUGCUAAGCGACAGGGAGUUCCAGCUGACCAGUUGCAUGUGAUUUUUGCAGGGAAGGAGCUCAGGAAUGACUUGACACUGCAGAGCUGUGACCUGCCCCAGCAGAGUAUCGUUCAUAUUGUUCAGAAUCCACAGAAAAAGGAUGAAGAGGUUGAGACGGAAAGCAAAAAUGUCUCUGGCAUUCUAACAAGCAGUGGAGGAGAAGCUGAAAGCCUCACUCGGGUGGAUCUCAAUACCAACCUGCUGCCUUCUCAUUCAGCUGGCCUUGCUGUGAUUUUAGACACUGUGGAUGACGGCAGCUCCCCUCUAUCUGGCAAUUCUGGUGCUGCUAACUACAACAGGUUUUAUGUUUUCUGCAAAAGUUUCUGCCAAGCUGUGAAACCUGGAAAGCUUCGGGUCCGCUGCAAAACUUGCAAACAAGGGACACUGACUCUGGCAAGGGGUCCAUCUUGCUGGGAAGAUGUUCUGAUUCCAAACAGAAUAGCUGGUAUUUGCCAGUCAAGAAACUGCAGUGGAGACGUAGCGGAAUUCUACUUUAAAUGUGGAGCACACCCAACCUCUGACAGUGAGACAUCUGUGGCACUGAACCUCAUUACAACAAAUAGUCGGUGCAUAUCAUGUAUAACCUGUACAGAUGUUCGGAGCCCCGUGUUGGUAUUCCAGUGCAUACAUCGCCAUGUCAUUUGCCUGGACUGUUUUCAUUUAUACUGUGUCACUAUGCUGAACAAUCGCCAGUUUAUCCAUGACCCUGACCUUGGCUACUCCCUCCCAUGUGUGGCUGGCUGUCCAGAUUCCUUGAUUAAAGAGCUGCAUCACUUCAGAAUUCUGGGCGAGGAGCAGUACAACCGUUACCAGUGCUAUGGUGCAGAAGAGUGUGUUCUGCAGAUGGGUGGCGUCCUAUGUCCUACCCCAGGAUGUGGAGCCGGUCUGCUUCCUGAAACAGAAGUCAGAAAGAUAGUUUGUGAGCCAAGCAAUGGAAUGGGCUGUGGGGGAUAUGGAGUUGAUGAGCACGCAGCCCUACAGGCUCGAUGGGAAGAGGCAUCCAAAGAAACAAUCAAAAGAACAACAAAGCCAUGCCCUAAGUGUCAUGUUCCAGUGGAAAAGGAUGGUGGAUGCAUGCAUAUGAAGUGUCCUCGGCCUCAGUGCAGAUUUGAGUGGUGUUGGAACUGUAGCCUAGAGUGGAACAGGACUUGCAUGGGCGAUCAUUGGUUUGACUGAUCACCAAACAACACUGCAAAAAACAGCACAUAUGACAAUAUGCUGGUACUCAAGAAUGUAGACCCACAAGCACAGCUCCUUCUACCAGGGUCAAAUCCUGAACUCCUUGCUCAGGGAAUGAAUUCCUCAUUAGCCCCAGAUUAAGGAAUUCACUUAAUAAAAACACCUAUUUAUUAGCUCAGAUAUGUAGGUAAAUGAACAAUUGUUUGUUCAGAUGGCCCUUAUGCUUCCUAAAUUCAUGAUGACACGUAAAAGUUAGAGGGCUCAUGCUUUCAUUUGUUCUGGUACAUUACCCCUUGUUCCACCAACACCCCCUAGUGGUGUUCCUCCUUUGGGGAAAUGGGUAGUGUUACCAGUGUCAGUUUAUCUCUUUAAUGGGUUUGUUCUUUGAUCUAAGACUGGAUCACUUUAAGUAUUUUAUUGGCCACAGUUGAUAAAGACUUAUGCCUUAUGGGGAGCAUGAUUUCCUAUAACAUCUGCAUUUUCAGCAUACGCUAUGAUAAGUCACCUAAUACUGUAUAUUAAUUCCACUUUCAUACAUCUGUUAAAGUCAUGUGGCAUUGAUAAUUUCCACCUCAGGUGUUCUGCUUGGCAAACAGUAGUUAGACAGACAGUGUUACAUGAGCAAUAUUUGGAAUUGUAAUUCAUUUUCUGACAGGCCUCCAUGGAAGUUAAGCUCAUGUUUUAAAACAUUGUGUUUUAAACAUGUAUGUGCAGUCAAAAUCCACUUUUGCUGUCUUGCUCAUGGAAUGUUCCUUUUUUUUAAUCUGACAGAGGCAUGUGCUGAUAAGGAGGUGGGCAAAUGAUUUCCUACAAAUUCCCUUGUCUGCUGCAGCCCCCUCUGUCCCAGGGGAUUGGGAGACCUUCCAGAAUAGUAUGGAAGGUGACAUGAGGUCUGCAGUGGGAAAGGGGACCCCUCUUAGGUUAGCAGACACCUCUGCUGGAUCACAAGCCAUCCUAUGGGCAGCACAGCAUCUCUCACAUGGAUCUAGGCAGUUACUCCAUAAAUAUGUACUACAACUGCCAAGAACAACUUAGUGGUUGCUUUAAUCAAAGAUCUAUGCUUUUAAGUUACCAAAGUCUGAGUUUGUUUGGGCACAGUUUGGCUGAUCCAAGAAGGAAUUUGAUGCCUGCUGGAUACUAUGUGUUGGUGAUGAAUGAUGCCUAACAAUUUAAGAGUGGAACAAGACAGGAUGGCAGCAGACCCAUGUCUUCAUAUAUAGACUCCCACCGACUAGCUGCCAAGCAGGAUGGGGAUGAUUAAGAAAAGUGACAGGCAGGAGUUCCUAGCCAUUCCUCUACCUGUUGUUUUUCAGACCAUGACCCCUUCCCAAACCUCAGUUUCCUCCCUAGUUGGACUUAUUUCAAGUCUUGGACCCCAGUUAGGGGAGGGAAGUUUAGGAAAGGCAGGUUCAAAAAGAUUAAAUGUGGAAAUUAGCAAGCGCUUCUCCAUCAGGUUAAUGUGUUAACAUGAAUAGCUUCACACUGGCAAAUUCUGACAAAUGGAAGCCACUCUUUCAAGAAAUUGACUGCCAAAAAACAAAGAAAAGAAUGGGAAAGGAUUAGGGAAUAAGCUUCUGUAGAUGUCAUUAUCAGAGUCCAACACUACCUCUUCCUCAUAUCAGCGAAUCUACUUUUCACAGAAAUAAGAUGCACAAUCAAAGAAGUUUGCUCUCAUGCUGAAUCAAAUCAAUUCUCUUUGUGAUGUCUGGCUGAAUAAAUUCAGGAUAAGCAUAAAAAAAAAAAAUAAAGUUCAUAUGUUUACUUUUCCAGGUGUUCUCUGAACAUGUUAUUACAUCACUUUUUCA